AUGAGUGGCUUACUAUCUGUUUUUUGUGCUGUCCUACCAAAUUUAUGCUUUCCAAAAAUACUACAUGAAUUGAAACAACGCAAAUCCCACUGUGUCAAGGUGAAUCAAGAACAGGCGAAUGAGCUGAUACCGCAUAUGUUAUCACAUGAGUAUAAUACAGCAGUAACAGGCAGUGGUGCAGCAGUUGCUGCUACCGCUGGACCUGCAGCAUCCAUUGAAACCGCUUCAACAAGUUUACAUAUGUCUGACCCACGUAUUCAUCGUAUUGGCUUUGAAUCACCAUGGAUGCAAAACUGGAAUUGUAUGAGUACACCUGGACAGAUACACGGACAAGGACCACAUGGACCAGUUGUACUACUGCAUCCUGAUUAUAAUCUACAUCCUGGAACAAUUCCAGGAUAUACAGAAAGUCAAUUAGGAUGUAGUCAAGGUAGUUUAGAUGAUGGUUCUUCAAUAGGCACAGAGAAGAAAUCCACCUAUCCGGUGGCACCAAAUUCUUUAGAAAAUAAAUUAUCAAACAUAGAGAAUACUAAAAAUAAUAAUGAUAAGUAAAUAUAAUAUGCAUUUAUAUCUUCACAAGGAGACUCCUACAGCUUACACCUUCAAAAAUCUCUUGUAACUACUGAAAUGCAUGAAAUGCCAAUUCAUACUCUCUACUCAGUUCAACAACUUUUUAUGUAUAUCAUAUCAUAUGCAUUAUUAUUUAUUGAUUAAACUGGAGGGAAAGUAAACAUGUACAUCCGUCAUAUCUGAUGAAUAC